CCUCAAGUGCCCCAAGUACAGCCAAUAAGCCAACAAUCAACCAACCAACCAACCAACCAUACAUCCAUACAUCCAUCCAACAGGCAACACACGCAGCUACAAAAUGGAAUACCGGUGCUUAAGUAGAAGUUCUGUCAAACACCUAACGGCUCUCUGCGUCAUCAGCAUCGCACUCACCUGCGCAAACGCGGCAUUGUGGCCAAGUUACAGCAGCGACGAUGCGCCCCCCAGCCGCUGCAGCGGUGGGCGUGGCCUGAAGUACCUGUCGGGUGACGCGCUGACGGACUCGCUCGAUUGCCUGGGGCCCAAUAAUGCGCCGUAUCCAAGCGCGGCCGUGGCGCGCACAUUCUCCAACUGGAACGGAAACUCGCGACGUGGCCGCCAGAGCAAAUUGCCCAGCACACUGGACCCCGCCAUAACCACCAGUGCUCUGCUGAGGGCCUACGACGAGGUGAACAACGAGGCCGUCGGAAGCAGUCGCUAUGGUCGUUCGCUGAAGAAUGCCACGCCGGCGCAGCAGUGCAAGAGCGAGACGCCGGCGCGUCUCUGCAAGACGCGCUACAACACCACGGCGCCCAUGUACGGAGUGAGUCUGACCUCCGGUCAGCCGGUGACCAUCGUCCAGAAGUUCCCCGAUCUCCUCCAGCAGGUGGUCUUCGAAGUGUGCGAAUCCUCUGAGUGCGACGUGGUGCGCGGCGAGUGUACGCAAACCUAUGUGCCCUACCUGUUCCUGGUCAUUCCGCUCGGCCCGGUGACGCUGACUGGACAGGAUUACGUGCUGGUGGAGAGCGGAUGCGUGUGCAAGCCCAAGUACUCGACGGGUGCCGCUCAGGAGCCCAACAUGAUACCGUAGGGGGAAGGAGACGGAGGAGGCGGUAACCACCAGGAACACCAACAGCAACCAAAAGAACUGAGCGAGCUUUGGGUCGGAGCAGAUCGGAGCCAAGCCGAGCUGGGCUGAGCUGGCUGGCUGGCUGGCUUAAUUAAAAGGAAUUAUUUUUUGUAGCGAAAUCAAUUUUGCAAUGUUAUUUAAUGUUUUCCCCCAUCUCUCAUUCUUUCCUUUCAUUCCCUCUCAGCUGUAUAAAAUUGAAAUGCAAUUUUGCUCGAAAAAUAAUCAAAUCCUAAUGUUAAGUCUAAAUUUAAACAAAAUUGAUUAAAUGCCUUCGUGCGUUUGUAGUGUG